AUGGACCACGUAUCUAGGGCAAUUCGGCAGCCCCGAGCGGUGGUCACUCGCCUCCAGCGUUACUGCUUUCGCCGCCAUUACCAUCUACGACCCUCUUCUUCUCGCGUUAUCCCUCCCUCCUCCCACCGCCUCGGACCUCGUGCUGCGGCGACCACUUUCAACACCUACACCUCCAACCUCCCCAACACCACCCCUUCAUAUCGGAUAGCUUUGCGCCGCCACGCCUCGACGAUGGCGGACCCACAGUUUGCAGAGGGGACCAACCCCGAACAGGCGCGCCAGGGAUUGCAGACGCUGCAGGAACAGGGAUGGGUGCUGGAUGAGGAUGGACAGGGCGUGAAGAAGACCUUCUAUUUCAAGUCGUACUUCAAGGCGGUGAGCUUUGUCAACGUGGUCGCAUCGCAGAGUUCGACCAAGAAGCACCAUCCUACCAUGACUGUGAGAAUCGGAUCGGUCGAUAUCCACUGGACUACCCACCACCCUCGGGGCUUAAGUGAGAAGGACUUGGAAAUGGCGCAGCAUUGCGACGAGGCAGCGGAGCUGAUGGGGUCGGUGGAACAAGGACAGGGGAAAAAGUGCGCUCCGGGUCGAGACUAA